AUGCACCUCUCUAACUAUUGCAGCACCCUGCUAUCUACUAUAUGCACAGCUAGUUACGCCAGAUCAGCACGUAUAAACACCCCUGGUAACCACACUCCCUGCUUUUUUUCUCUCUCUCCUCGUUUUCAAUUUUCAUUCUUACGAUUCAUGGUUUAACGGCAUUCCAGGUCUGGAUGCUUCCUACAUAGUAUUUUUUUUUUCAUACCCUGUCUUUACCUCGCUGUCGCACAAUUAGAUCGCUCGUUUAAUUAA